CAAUAAGAUGCUCACCAGCCGACCCAAGUUGUGAGGGUACCACUCCAAUACCAUCAUGUUGUUAACAACUGACAUUACUCCAGAGGAGCAUCAAAUAGAGAGUGCGAGGGGCCACAAAUCCGCCCCCCAAAGAUGCGUAGAGGAUGGAAGGAGCUCCAAGUCUCAGAGAUCCAGAAGCUGCCCCCAGAGCGCAGGGACCCCAGGGAGACUGCGACCAGAAAAGCCCCCCUCAAGAAGCGCAGAGGAUUGUCCCAGGGGGCCACAACCAGCAGCCAGCAGAGUCCCGGGGGAUAUCAGCGGCAAGCCCACAGGCCCGCCCGCAGCCUCCCACCCCCAAGCCGGCCGAGCCCGGGACCCAGCAACCCGGGACCCAGGGGUGACCAGCCCCGCCGGGGACCGAACAGAGCCCAGGGACACAGAUCCGACCAGGCAGCCACCGGGAAUAAUCAGGCAGACUCCAAAAAUCUUAAAGCCCCUUACCCGGGAGCCACGGACACUCAGGCAGACCAAGGCACCACACUCCACACCAGGUGUGGCAGGGGGAGAGGAGGCAAAGAUGUAUAGCAGCAAAAGAAGUCCCAGGAGAGGGGAGGAGUCAAAGGCCCCACCUGACAUAUACAGUCAUACACAAACACAGUCACACACACUCCCUCCCUCAUACUCCCCAUACACACCCUAUUCACUCCGGUCCCGGUACUGCUGCACAAGGGGUACAACCAUUACUGGUUCCCAGAGUUAGACCCUUUCUGCUGGGGUGCUGAUGAGCAGACCUCCCCGCCCAAUGCUGAGCAAAGCGACCCACUUACUUCUGAAGCUCAGGGGCAAAUUGUUUUGUCAUUGAUAAAGGCAGAAAUGUAUUUGUAUUAUUUCAAGUCAUGUUUAUUUCUAUUUAUAAAACUAUAUGUUUGUAUAUUGUCCUGAAUUUAAUCCAGAAAUUGUGAAAUUUUACACCUGUACACAAGCCUGAUUUCAACUCCCAUCUUUACCAUAAAAAGCUGCAAACAUGGACCCAUUAGCAACAUUUACAGAACACCAGCAGCUACGAUAAGCUAAAGACACAAUGUGUGUGCAUGAUCUGAAAUGAUGCAUGAGAUAAUCUAUAACCUAUAUAAAAUAACCUAUACUUUCAUUUAUUAUGCACGGAAAGGAAGUCCAAACAGUUAUCUUGCUAUUGCUACUGUAAUGUCCACACAAAGCAAUGCCUGCAAAUGCCCACUAAACUUUAUUACCACUCAGCGAGCGGCCAGUGGUUAGCAAUUUGAUUUUACUCACCGCUCUGGCAUAUCCAUCACUUGGUUCGAACAUUGGGCAUUGGUUUAUAGACGUAAUCUGAAAACCCACUCUGGCACUGGCGGUGGUUUGAUAAGCAGUCUGAAAUCACGGUCACAUUCUGGCUUCUCUGGGCCAGGGAUGAGGUCUUUCCUCAAGUGGAGGAGUUUAAAGUAUCGGAGUUUUGUUCUCAAGUGAGGGAAACCUGGAGCGUGAGAUCGAAAUUGGUGCUUCGUCUGCAGUGAUGCGGGCGUUAUACCGGUCAGUCGCGGAGAGAGAGCUGAGCCGAAAGGCGAGGCUCACAAUUUACUGUUCAAUCUACAGUCCUACCCUCAUCUAUGCUCACGAGCUUUGGGUAGUGAGCAAAAGAAGGAGAUUGCAGAUACAAGAAGUCAAAUGAGUUUUCUCCGCAUCGGAAAACUUUAAUACAAAAGAAGUAACAGAUAAUCAGCAACACGACUGAUUUUAAUACAGGUUCUUUCUUUUCACCGGUUACAGUUUAUUUUGAAUCAUUACAGAUUUGGUUUUCUUUAAGU